AUGUAUGUACCUGAUGGUCAUACAUUGACGUCAACAGGCUCGCUAGUAGCUUCACAGCUAAUAAAUCUCCGUGUGUAUUUGCGUGACUUGUUUGGUGCUCGAACCCCUGACAGUAGAUCUUCAACAGAAAAACCGGAAGAUGGAAUACUUUAUACGCGUUUAUACGGAUUGGGGAAAAAAGAAGAGAAAAAUCUUGCUCAUAAAGAAGGUGAUGAUGUUGGUGGAAAUCUUGCUCUCUCGGUGGCUUUAAAUAUUUCAAAGGAUGAACCAAGAUUAGCGAAAAACAUCCGUUUGGUUGGAAUAUUUUAUUCACCUUUGCAGGCCUUUGACUUUAACCUCCCUUCUUAUGCAAAAUAUGCCAGGCAAACUGAGGUCUUCGGUAAAAGAGAUAUUGUGGAGCAAUUUUCUUUGUAUCUGUUUGGUGACACUAAUAGUACACUUGUAGAAAUGUUAAUGGACAAUUUACACACUACUGCAGAACAAAAGACAUCAGAACGCGCGGAGAUUUUGGACAUGAAUAUGUUGCCCUUUUCAUUCCGAGAAUACAAGGAGCCAGAGUUGACUGUAAACGCUGGAAACGAACAGCUGUCGAGAGAAAUUUCACAUCUUAUAUUGGAUGACAGAGUCUCACCAAUGAUGGCUUCUGCAGAUGAUCUACAGAAUCUACCACAUACAUACUUUAUAGCACCGGAAGUAGACCCAGUUCGAGAUGAGUCUAUCAUGCUAUAUGGCGCAUUACGGGAGUUAGACAUUGACAAAAAUGUACACGUGUACUAUCGUACAGAGAAGCACGGGUUUCUUACAGAAUUUAGAAAAAAUGAUGUGGCUAAACGGGCUAUAUCUGAGUUUAUAGUACAUCUCAAAAAAAUCAGUAGAAGGCACUGA